UGUUUCUAUAUUUAGUCUCCCACUGAGGUUUUUGCUCGGCCCCCGGUAUGGCUCUGGCUUCUCUGGUGACAGCCCCGGUCCGUCCUGGAGCUCUAAGGACUGCAGAUCUGUCAGAUCCUCCAACAGAGUACUCCAGAGCAAGAUCUGUUCUUCCACAUCGGAGAUCAGUAUCUGCUGUACCUGAAUCUUCAUCACUAAUUUGCUUCAUAGCGGUGCCAUGCUGCCGGGAGGCUGUGGGUGAGAAAGUAUGUCGUCAGACUUCUACUCCAGAGAUGAUCUGGUGGAGACGGGCUCCAUCCCCCUGGACAUCGACAAUGUCCACAUGCUGCUGCAGGUGGAACAAGAACAGAUUCAGAAGAAGACCUUUACCAACUGGGUCAACGCUCAACUGGCAAAGCGGAGGCCACCAUGUAUGGUCAUGGAUCUGUUCAAUGAUUUCCGUGACGGCUCCAAACUGUUGGACCUGCUGGAGGUGAUGAGCGGCCAGCGCCUUAGUCGGGAGAGAGGCAGGGGAAUGUUUCAGCACAGGAGCAACGUUGAGAAGGCCCUUUCCUUUCUGAAGAAGAAAUCGAUCAAACUCGUCAACAUUAACAUUCCUGACAUCAUUGAUGGUAAACCGUCCAUCAUCCUGGGCCUCAUAUGGACAAUCAUUCUACAGUAUCAUAUCGAGGAGUUGGCCAGCGCCCUCUCAUUCAGCUCCCGUCAGUCCUCCAUGGACUCUUUGGCCAGUCUGGACUCACGCUCAACCCUGUCGAGCCGCUCGGCCAGCAGCAGUCCCGUUCCUCCCAGAGGCUCACCCCUACACAAUCGUUUCAGGGUUUCUGCCAAAAAGGCCCUGCUGCUCUGGGUCCGGGAACAGUGCCACAAAGCUGGAUGUUCAUUAAAUGUGAAAGACUUCAAAGCUAGCUGGAGGAGUGGUGUGGUCUUCCUGGCGAUUCUGUAUGCUCUGAGGCCUGACCUGGUGGAUCUGUCCAAAGCCAGAACCAGAAGCAACAGGCAGAAUCUGGAGGAGGCCUUUUACAUCGCAGAGAAAGAGCUGAGGAUCCCCAGACUGCUGGAUCCUGAUGAUGUGGACGUUCGAGACCCUGAUGAGAAGUCCAUCAUGACCUACGUGGCUCAGUUCCUGCAGUACUCCAGAGACCUGCCAAUGCAAGAGGAAGAAAUGCAGGCGACACCUGAUCGAAAGGCACAGGAAGUGACAUGCUGGCUGGUUCAGGCGUAUGACGAGCUGCUGGAGGGAUGGGACUCCACAGAGGGCGAGAGCUACCCAGAGAGAUACCAUGUAUUUCAUACCUUUCUGGUAUCCUUUAAUGAGCAGCGGCGUCCCAUCAUGCCUUUGUUGACAGCGAUGAGACGAAGCCCGAAACUAAGCGAUGAACAGCGGGCUCUCAGAGAGGCGUGGGACACCCUCACUGAAAAGCUACGUGAAUACAAAAUUGAGUUAGAUAUGAGUCUCCCAGCCCCCUUGGAUGCAGUGGCUCGCUGGCUGCUGAAAACGGAGGGGGCCCUGGCCGAGGAGGAAGGCGACCCGCAGGACCACGGCAGAGCCGCUGACGAAGCCAGGGAGAAACAGGAGCUGCUCAAAGUUUGCCUAGAGGAGAUGCCGCAGCAUUUGAAGACCUUCCAGUCCUUCCAGAACUUGGAUGAGUAUGGAAACAUGAUGGUUCCUAUUGACAAGAUGGAUGAACUAAAGAGGAGGUUCACCAGCGUGAGAGUGUCUGCAAAAUACCAUGGGAUCAAGCUGGAGUACCGGGAACACCGCCACACAGUUUUGGAUCUGUUGGGGCAGAUCAGGACCAAGCUCCGGAUCUGGAAGAGACCUUAUAUUUCCCCAGAGGCUGUCAGGGUGUUGCUGCAAGAAUGGCAUGAGCUGGUAAACAAACAGGAGCUACCUUCCUUGUUGGAAGCAGCUCGUCAUAAGCUGAAGCAGGCGUCGGAAAAAUAUUCUAGCAAAUCUGCCCUCGCCGGAGAUUACAACCACGUCAGUCAGCAGGUGAAGCAGCUGGAGGAGGACACCGCUGUGGUUUUGGAGGAUGUGACCACAGCCAAGAGCACCAUGGGAAGGGUCCUGUCUGCCUGGGACUCCUACAGCGACUGCCUCAGCUCCCUGCAGGCUUGGCUGGAGCAGGGCUCUGUAGCACACAGCCAUGGCCACAGACCAGAGGUGAUAGCUGAGUCUAUAGCUGAGUGGGGCUCCCGGCAGGCCCACCUGAACGAGGUGGGUAACUUCCUGAUCGAGUCAACAGACCCUCAGACCAGCAGAAGCCUUGCAGAGGAGCUGCGCAAACUCAACAUGCACUGGGCCGAGUUUGUCAAGAGAAACACAUUUGACAGCAUGGCUGAGCCCAGUGUUGAUGUCCAGGCCAGACCACAGCACGUCCACGCUCUGAUCAGAGAAGCCACUCUUAUUCUUAAAGAGCCUUUGGAGACCAUGGCAGGUCCCUUGCGCACCUACAGAAAAAGAAUACAGUUCAUAAUGAGGAAAAUAAAGGAAGCUGAUCUUGAGGCUUUGGCUCCCUCCCAAGAAUGCCCGGCGGAUCAGUUACAGAAACUGAAGCUGGCUAUACCUGAAGUGAUGCAGACCUUGCUUGAGGCAGAACAGGUAUGCACAGAGUUGCAGCACAGUGUGUCAGGUCUGGACAGUCGCCUGGCUGAACUCCUGCACUGGGAGACUGAGGCCAGGGAACUCUACCAGCUGCUGAGGGCCACAGAGCGACAACAACAACGGGGCCAGGACACACGAGCAAGGGUUCUGAUUUCCCGUGGUCUACAGCUGGAGGGUCAGGUGGUCACAGAGGAGCAAGACCUGCAGGUGAUGGUAAUGACGAGUCAGAAGAACUCUCCCAUCCAGUACCUCCACGCCUCUGCCAUGCAGGACCGAGUGCGAGCCGCUGUUACUCAGUCACAGGAAGCUGUAGGUAUGCUGAGCAGCCUGGGAGCCAGAAGAGACAGAAGCAGAAGCCCUCCAGAAGGAUCUCCUCCAUCAAAAGUCUUUAUCCAGGCUAAAGAAAAGCCUCAACAUCUGAGACAGUAUGACACCAGGCGGCCAACUCAGCAGCCCGAGGCAAAGUUGGUUUCUCAGCAGUGUCAUGAAACCUUUGUGCCAAAGAUAGUAGUGCAAGAAUACAGAGAAGUAAAGAUGACUUCUCCUCCAAUGCCAUAUACCUACGCACAAGCUGUGAUGCAGACCAGGACAAAGUCGCCACCAGAAGGCCAUGCUCAGGCCUGUCCAGAGGCCGCUUCACAAAAACAACAGCAGACUCAGGAACAAAAAUUAACAUUGCACCAGGAACAACUUAACAGAGAGAUGGAAAAAGAGCUACAACAGCAAGAACACAAGCAUCAGAAACCACAAGAGUUGAUGCCAACACAACAGCAGCAGAAGCAGGAGCAACAACAGGUGGAGCAGCAGCAGAUAGAAAAAAUGCAUCAGUAUCAAGUUCAGCAGCACGUGGUAACUUGUGUACAGUUUGAGAAACAAGUCAAACAGACACCAGAGCCCCACGAGCAGGCUUCAUCUCAACAACCAAAGGUAAAGAAACCAUCUCUGAGCUACCAGGAGCUUCAAAGCAGAAAGGCUCAGGCCAUGAAGAGCCGGCCCUGGCUUCAGAAGCCAGCCUCAGGAGAGCACAAAACUCCAGCUCCAGAUCCAGAACAAGAUUCCACUCAGGAACCAAUUCAGACUAGACAGACACAGGCACAGUCAGACAGAGAGACAGUUGGAUCAGUUCAGGUUGUUUCACAGCAAAUAGCAACUGCCAGGCUGCAGCCUGAGUCACAGUCAAAGGUUACCAAGCAGCCACAACAACAGCAAAAAGAGCAACAAAAACAAACACAGCCAUCCCAGAAUCUAGUGCAGCUGCAGCAAGAACUGCAACAUCAGCAACAACAACAGCAACUGGGAAAACAGAAAAAGCAACAGGAACAAUUGCUGCAGCAACAGCAGGAACAACAAAGACAACAACAGCCUACUGUAAGACAGACACAACCAGAUUCAGACACCAUGGCUGAAUCCCAGACUGUAACUAUAAGUCAGCCUCACCCACAAAUGAAGACCCAAAAGCAGUCACAUCCCCAAACUAUGGUUCACUCUAAAUCUAAGGCAGUGGUCCAAGUGCAGGAGCAGUCUACAAGUGUGUCCUGCACUACCACAGACAACCAGCAACCACUGAAGACCCAAACCAGAGUGAGCCAAAGUCGGUCACAUACACAAGUUCUUCCCCAGCCCCAUGGCCCCAUGAAAACCUUGACUGAGCCACAGACACAACUACAGCUCCAGCCACAAGUUCAGACUCAGCCCCAAACAACUGCCCCAGCUAGACCUCAGUCGUCUAUGCAGCCACAGGGUCUAAACCAUGGCCCAGCUGUAGCUCAAGUACAGACUUGGGCUCAAGUCAGACCUUCUUCCCCUAUGCAGGCUCCACUGCAGGGCCAAAUUCAGCCUCCUGUACCAUCCCACAUUCAGCUUCGUAGUCAUCCACAGUCAUGGGCCCCUGUCAGGCCCCCUUCCCCUAAGCCACCAACAAAUGCCCAGAUUCAAAUCAAUGCUCAGUCAAUCCCCCAGCCUCAAAUCCAUCCCCAACCAAAGACCCACCCUCAUACCCAUCCUCAGUCAAUGCCCCAGUCUCAAACCCAUCCUCAGUCAAUGACCCAGUCUCAAACCCCUCCUCAGUCAAUGCCCCAGUCUCAAACCCCUCCUCAGUCAAUGCCCCAGUCUCAAACCCCUCCUCAGUCAAUGCCCCAGUCUCAAAUCCAUCCUCAGUCAAUGCCCCAGUCUCAAAGCCAUCCUCAGUCAAUGCCCCAGUCUCAAACCCCUCCUCAGUCAAUGCCCCAGUCUCAAACCCCUCCUCAGUCAAUGCCCCAGUCUCAAAUCCAUCCUCAGUCAAUGCCCCAGUCUCAAAGCCAUGCUCAGUCAAUGCCUCAGUCUCAAAGCCAUGCUCAGUCAAUGCCCCAGUCUCAAAGCCAUGCUCAGUCAGUGCCCCAGUCUCAAAGCCAUGCUCAGUCAAUGCCCCAGUCUCAAAUCCAUCCUCAGUCAAUGCCCCAGUCUCAAAUCCAUCCUCAGUCAAUGCCCCAGUCUCACAUCCAUCCUCAGUCAAUGCCCCAGUCUCAAAUCCAUCCUCAGUCAAUGCCCCAGUCACAAAUCCAUCCUCAGUCAAUGCCCCAGUCUCAAAGCCAUGCUCAGUCAAUGCCUCAGUCUCAAAGCCAUGCUCAGUCAAUGCCCCAGUCUCAAAGCCAUCCUCAGUCAAUGCCCCAGUCUCAAAGCCAUGCUCAGUCAAUGCCCCAGUCUCAAAUCCAUCCUCAGUCAAUGCCCCAGUCUCACAUCCAUCCUCAGUCAAUGCCCCAGUCACAAAUCCAUCCUCAGUCAAUGCCCCAGUCUCACACCCAUCCUCAGUCAAUGCCCCAGUCUCACACCCAUCCUCAGUCAAUGCCCCAGUCUCACACCCAUCCUCAGUCAAUGCCCCAGUCUCAAACCCAUGCUAUGUCCAUGAUGCAGGCUCAAAUUCGUACACAACCAAUGGCUCGGCCAAGUCCCGUCCAACUUCCGACUCAGGGUCAUUCUCAGCCUAUGACUCAGUAUCCCACACAUGCGCAGCCAGUAGUACAGCACCCUGGCCAUAUUUCCCAAGGCCAAACACAGGUUUGGACUCAAGUUAGAGCCUCUUCCCAAUUGUCUGUCCAGCAUCCACAGGCUACAGCCCAACCUCCACGUUACCCCCAAGGUUACCCACAGGGUCAAUCUCCAUCCCAGCAGUGGACACCCAAACAAGAUCCACAAAACCAAGCCAUUGCCCAGCAGAGACAUCCAAUUCCCCAACCAUACCCUCAGCAAAUAGUUCAAGCUCCACAAUCUCAGGCUUAUCCAACAGUUCAGACGUUACCGCAGUGGCCCCAAUCUGGGCCCCAGCUAGGGCCUCAGAUGGGGUCCCCCGGGUAUUCUUACACGGGGCCAUUAUAUACUCAGCCUCAGAUGCAGACAAAAACACAACCCCAAAUGAGUUCCAUGCAACAGCAACCCCAGAUGAGAGAUUACGAUCCGUUUCAUAUGCAGACACAACAAAGCCAUAUUCAGCAACAAACUUGGAUUCAGGCACCGCCUCAGCUUCAGCAGCAGCCUUAUCCCCAGUCUCAGCAAUAUUCACAAGUUCAGUAUCAGCAACAAAGUCAGCCUCAUCCUCAGCCUCAGAUGCCAGCCCAAAAACCUCCCCAAUCACAGCCACCAAAACAAGCCCAUCCUCAGCGUCAUUCACAGCCCCAGCUGCAGGCCCACUCCCAAACACACAUCCAGACACAGCUAUUGGUACAAGAAAAGCCCCAGGCUCAGACUCAGCAGCCUCAGCUCAAUCUUCAGUUCCAGCAGCCACCUCCACAACCCAAACAUCAGCCCCAGCUCCAAACACAACCGAAGAUUCAGUCACUAACUCAACCAAACGGUGAAUCAUCUCCACAGCCCAAAACUCUAGCCUCAUUAGCAGUGCAACCAGAGUUCCUUGUACCAUCUCAACCUAAGAUUCAGUCACCUACCCAACCUAAAGCUGAAUCCCCUCCAAAACCCACACCUGAUCCCCACUUACCACCACAACCCAUGGCUCUGUCACUAAUGAAGGCUGAAUCACCACCACAACUGAAAUUGCAGACACAAACAGCACCACUACCUGCAGCUCAGUCACCAACUCAACCCCAUGGUCAGCCACCAACCCAAACCAAGGCCCAAUCACUGCCACAACCUAAACCUCAGGCACAAAUACCACCACAGCCCAAACUUCAGGCUCAGUCACCACCCCUACCCAAGGCUCAAACUGCACCACAAUCCACGGCUCAUUCACCCCCACAGGCCAGAUGUCAGACCCAACCACUUCUACAGUCAAAACCUCAAACUCAGUCUCCUCCGCAACCCAAACCUCAACAGCCCCAAACCAUUCUCCUCUCCCAGGCCAAUGUGCUGCCUCAAUCUCCGGCUGAGUCACCAGACCUGUGCAUUAAACCUCCAGCCCUGGCCCAGGUGCCUCCCCAGGCUUACACAGAGGCUUACGCCAAGGCACAGGCUUUGGCUAGAAAUGGCUUUGAGGAGGCCAAGCACUGUCUGCAAGAGCACAUCCUUGAAACCAUUAGCGUUUUUAAGGACAAACGGAUAUCAGCCGAGCAGGCAUCGGUGAAAGAGGAGACUCUUAGGACACUAGACCCAGAGUUGCUGGAGGAGUUCUUGAGAGCAGCCAAGGGCAUGGAAGCCUUUUGUACCCCCUCGCAGCUCAGAGACAUGGAGUUCUACACACAGUCAGUCAGGACACAGUGGGAGGCUUGUAUCUCAGCUGACGGCAGCUUUGCCCAGGCAGGGCAGCACCUUGAGGCCUUGAGGGCGCUUUGUGAUACCCUGAGCCCCGAGGAUGCUCACCGCCUCGCCCAGACUCAGCUGAGGGAGUGUGAGAACAGGCUGGCUGCCAUCCAGCGCCAGUUCAGUGGAGACCAAGAUGCACCACUCCCUGAUUCUAGGAUUCCUGUUGCCUUCAGUGAGGAUCUGACCACACAAAAAGAACCAAGACCAAGUGACAAACAUCAGGUUUCAGCUGAGGUGUUUCAAGUGACAAUGAAGACAGUCAGUUUGGACAAGAGGGAAGUUGAAAAGCAGGCGUCUGUAGAGGAAGAAGUGACCAAAAAGGAGGCUUUAGAAAGAUAUGAGAAUUGUAAGAGGAUUCUGCAAGCUCAACUAGCUAAAAAUGAACAGAGCAUCAAGGAUGUCCCCUCUGACUCCGUCUCUCUUAAAGGCCUGCAUACACGGCUCCAGGAAAUACAGUUCUUGAGACAGGAGACAGAAUCUCUGUGGUCUGAGUAUGCAAACCAGUGCUCCCAGUUGAGCGGGAACCCUGGUCUGGAGCAGGAGAAGGUGGAGCUGCAGGAGCAGUGGCGCAGCCAACAGUCUAAUCUUCAGAGAAGAGGCAGCUCGCUGGGCGCUGCCCUCAGACAGAUCGACUCCACCGAGAACCAUAUGGUGGACUUCACCGACCGUCUGGACCGCUACCUGAGACAACCCAAAGACAUCACUGCAUUCACACUGACCAACACCAACAUCCUGAAAGAUAUUAAGGAACUGGAUGACAACAUCCAGAGCGAACUGGACCAGGUGUCCCGUCUGGACCCUGAAUCCAGCGAUCUGGACCCCAGAGACUGCUUCCCUCUGUCCCGUGAAGUCGAGACUCACAGAACCAGCCUGGACCAGCUUCGACAGCAGGUACGGAAAAGUGAAGCGGCUGCUCGUGCCCUCGACCGCUUCCUCAUGUCAUUGCGUACUGUGGAUGAAGACAUCUCUGGAGUGCAAGGUGCCCCCUGCAGUGAUGCUCAGGUACUGCAGGACUGUCGCGCCAAGCUGGCGCUGAUCAGGCAGAGCAUUGACAGUCUGAAAGAAAAGGCGCCUCAGCUGGAUGUGCUCCUGCAGGGGGCCAGACUGACAGUCACCAGGGAUGGUGUCCCGGUCUCCUGCCUGGACAUGGUGUCCGCUCUGCUGAGAAGGCUGGAAGAGGCUGACAGUGGGCUGGCCAGCCAGCAAAAGGGCAUCCAGAAGGAGACACAGAGCAGAUCCCUGGGUCUGAGGAAGAGGACACUACUUGGGGAACUGAGGAAGCUGCAGGAUACAAUUGAAACGCAAGGCCUAAAGGAGCCCACCAUGCCAGCUAUACAACAAAGGCUUCGAGCCCUGUCCGAUUUGGAGGGUCCGCUGCAGGCCCAGCAGGCAGAGCUCCAGAACCUCCGUGAACUUCAGGAGAAACAGGGAGGAGGAGAAAACCUCUUUCAGGAGCUGGAGACUCAGUGGACGGAGACUCAGAAAGCUUUUUGUGACAGGAAGAAGCAGUUCAGCGUCCUGCUGGAGGUUCUGAAGAAGUUCCAGAGCUGCCGCAGUCACCUGAGCAACACCAUGCAGAGAGCAGAGCAGACCAUCGGCGAUCAGGCUUCCUACAUGGGCAAGGACAACCUGCAGAGAAGCAUGACCAAGGUCCGUGACAUUAAGGAGGAGCUGGGUGGUCUUGGGAAGCACGUGGAAGAGAUGAAAGGAGUUUGCAGACAGCUGCAGUCCCAGCUGAAGAAAUUCCCAGACUGCAGUGAGACUCCCUUCGAAGCAGAGGCUGACACACUUAUGGACAACUGGCUGGAUGUGACAGAGAAGACAGACGCCUACAUGGAUAACCUUCGGGUGGGGCUGGAGUUGUGGGAGAAGCAGCUAAUGCUCGGGGGGGAGGUGGACUGCUGGGCAGGAGCCAAACUGGCCCUUUUUGCAGAGAGCCAUCCCUUCCACAACGAGCAACAAGUACUUGAUAUGAGGGAUGAGAUCCAUGCCAACGAGGAGAACAUUGAGCAUUUCCACAAGAAGUGUGUAGAAAUCCAAGAGAUGCUGCAGAGUCAAGAUGCACCUCUGGAGCUGCAAGUGAUGGAGACCCAGCUGAGGAAGAGAAUGCAGCAGGUGAAGGAGCUGUUUACUGACUGCACUGACGUCUUUGAGGAACUCAUAGCUGUGAAGACACACUUAGCUGAGAAGAUAGAGGAGUGCCAGUCAGCUGUAGAGACCAUCCAGUGUUCUCUCAGUAAGGUUGAUGCUUCACAACCACAGGUCGAAGCCAAGAUACAGGAGCUGUGUGAUGACUUGGAGGCUCAGGAGGAGCAGGCUGAGACUGUGUUGAAGGAGGUGGGGUUGGUUUCCAGUCUGGCCAGUCCUCAGGUGCUGGAGGCGCUGUCUGUAGACUGCAGCAGGCUGAAGGAGGCCAUCUCCCGCACCAAGGACAUGAUCCACCUGAAGAGAGAGGAGAGAGACAAAGGCCUGCUUAAGGUUAUCAAAGAGGAAAGGCAGGCGUUUGAGGGAUGGUUCUUGGACUUGCAGAUGUCCGUCAAUGAGUGCUUUGAGAACCCUGAGAGCAGAACAGAUGUGGAAACAUCUCUGCAAAGACUCACUGGUUUCUUAAAAUCCAAAGAUGCAGAGAGACGGCUGGACCAGCUUAAAGAUCAUCUGGAGAGAGGCAGCCAGCAGGUUCCAUCUCAGCAGCUCUCUGAGUUCACCGAUUGGCUGAAAGAACAGCAGGAGGAGGUGGACACGUUCAGAACCCACUGCCACAACAGGCAGAAGCAAAUGGAGUCCCUUCUCAGUGACUUGAACUGUCUGCAGAAGCAACACGAUAGUUUCCGGGAGUGGCUGCACACCAAAGAAAAACAGUCCGUAGAGACGGACAAAGUCAAACUUCUUCUCAAAGACCUUCAGGAUGAGAGUGGUAAAGCUGAGACCCUCAGUGAGCUGUUAGCGUCAGUACGCAGACAAGGCGUCAGAUCUGAAAGCCUCUUGAAGGACGGUGAUAACUUGAUACAACGACACCGAAACCUGGAAGCCAGGCUGCAGAGGCAGGCAGACGCUCAGGGGGCCCUGGAGGGAGAAUUUGAAAAGUUUAACACUCGGGCUAAGAGCACCCGGAUCUGGAUUACUGACCGUCUGCAACCCCUCACCUCCUCUGGCAGAGCGACCCAGACAGAGGACAUGAAGCACAAAGCACAGGUCAUCCUUAGCUCCAAACCUGAAGGAGACUCUAAAGUGAAUAACCUGAGACGACAAAGUGAAAGUCUGUGUGCGCAGGAGGACCUGGAGGAGGGCAGGAAACAAGAGGUUCAGCAGUUGGUCAGAGAAACAGAGGAGCAGUGGAGGACGGCUCUGCAGACAGCUGAGGAGGCUGUCAACAAAGCAGAAACAAAAGCCCAGUUAGUCAAGGACUUGGACGCUUUCAAAUCCCAGAAUGAAAAUGUUCAGUCCUGGAUUAGAGACCAGGAGCAGAACCUGCACUCACUUGGUGGUUGCAUGCAAGUUGAAGAAAAGCUUCAGAUUGCGCAAGGUACUCUGAGCUCCAAGCCUGAGGGAGAGUCAAAGCUCCAGGAUCUGAAGCAACGAGGCCAGAGUUUGUGUGACAACCCUGGCUUGGGCGAGAGCAGGCGACGAGAGGUUCAGGACGCCGUCAGACACACAGAGGAGCGGUGGAGGAAAAUCUUGCAGGCUGCUGAGGAGGCUCUCAACAAGGCACAGACUGAUGCUACCACUGAAAGGGACCUUGAUGAUUUCAAAACCCAAAGUGAAAGCAUCCAAUCCUGGAUCAGAGAACAGAAGCAGAAGCUGUUGUCCCACGGUAGUCACAUGCAGCUUGAAGAAAGGUUACAGGUCGCACAGGCUGUUUUGACCUCCAAACCUCAGGGUGAGUCAAAGGUGCUCGACCUGAAGAGACGAGGUGAAAGUCUGUGCAAGCAUCUGGAGGACAGCAGGAAACCAGAGGUUAAGCAGUUGGUACAAGACACAGAGCAGCAGUGGAUAACAGUCCUGCAGGCUGCCCGACAGGCAGAGCUCCGGGGUCUUUCAGACGACUUUGAGACUCAGAGCAAAGACACUCAGUCCUGGAUCAGAGACAGACAACAGAAGCUGCAGUCUGUGGGCAGUCACACACCACCUGAAGAGAGAAGCCACACAGCUCAGACCGUCUUGAGCUCCAAACCUGAAGUUGACUGUCAGGUGAACAACCUGAGGAGGCGAGGCCAGAGUCUCUGUAACCAUCAGGAUGCAGAUGAGGGCAGGAAAGCCCAUGUUCAGCAGACAGUCAGAGACACAGAGGAGCAGUGGAGGACAGUCCUGCAGGCUGCUCAACAGCUCCACUCUGCUGCUGUAGCUGAGAUCACCCAGGGCACUGAAAAGAGAAAGUUGGAGCUGAGAGAAUUUGAUACCCAUCAGCAGAACACCAGAAGCUGGCUUAAAGACCUCCAACAGCAAGUGGACUCCCUAAACAGCCGAAACAAAGCUGAGGACAGGCUGCACACAGCUCAGACCAUUAUGAGCUCCACGUCCGAAGGAGACUUUAAGCUCCAGGAGCUCAGGAGACGAGGCCAGAGUUUGUGUGGCCAGGACCUUGAAGAACACAAAAAACAAGAGGUUCAACAAAAAGUAAGAGGCGCUGAAGAGCAGUGGACCAGAGUAAUGCAAAAUGCUAAACAAGCCCUGGAUCAGGCUGAGAGGCAGUGUGCUCUGGAGGGGCAGUUCAGGGACUAUGAAGCCUUGAGAGACAACACCAGGGCCUGGCUGGAAGACAGGCAGCAGAGCCUCGUCUCUCUGGAUAGUCAGACAGAUCCAGAAAAGACAAUAAACACUGCACAGACCAUCCUUAGCUGCAAGCCUGAGGGAGACUCCAAGCUGACAGAACUGAGGAGACAGAGCCAGAGUCUGUCUGACCAGGAGGACCUGGAGGAGAACACGAGACUAGAGGCUCAGCAGGCUGUGAAGGAUUCAGAGGAGCAGUGGAGGGCAGUCCUGCUGGCCGCUGAGAACACUCUGAAGAAAGCUGAGGUCCAGUAUUCGCUCUCCAGGGAGCUGGACACCUUCCGUUCCCAAGCAGGGAGCACCAAAACCUGGGUUAAAGAGCUGCAGCAACAGGCCGAGUCCAAAGGGAGUGGCACCCGGGGCAGCCGGGCUCAGAUACAGGACAGGCUGAACACAGCUCAGAUCAUCUUGAGCUCCAAGUCAAAUGGUGAGGCUGAAGUGAUGGAGUUGAAGAGGCGAGCGCAGAGUCUGUGUGAGCAAAAAGACCUGGAGGGAGACAAGAAACUGGAGGUUCAGCAGACGGUCGAAGACACUGAGCAGCAGUGGAGGACGGUCCUGCGGGCUGCUGAGGAGACACAGAGACAGUUGAAGGGUGUCAUGGAGCGCAUGGUUUCCUGUCAGUACAAGCGAGACAACGCAGAGGCCCGUCUGUCUGACCUUCAGAAGCAGACGUCCAGCCUUCCCCGUGUCUUUCCCUGGCCGGGCCUGGGAGAGCGGAGGCAGGUGGUGGAACAGACCCGGAACCUGCUAGACCAGAGCACAGCUUUGGUACCUGUCCUGUCAGACGUCCGCACGCAGUCUGCAGAGCUGUUUGAGAUCACACAGGACUGUGGCUGGUCAGAUCCAUCCUGGGCAGCCAAAGAGAAGUGCAUUCCUGCUCUGCUGAAAGAGCUAACGGAUGCAGUCGCUAACCUGGAGCAGGGCAUCCUGACAGAGAGGCAGUGCACUCAGCUGGUGGAGCAGCAUGAAGCAGCCCAGGACUGGCUGAGGGAGCAGGUUAAAGGCCUGGGAGCUCCUCCAGCAGACAGACAGGGUCUGCACAGCGCUGUGAACACUCUGAAGGCUUUGCUCCAGACAGUGGACAGGGAGCACAGAGAGAUGAAGGUUCUGGACUCUGCAAGAGACAGUUUGCUGAGCCUCUGCACCCCUGGAGGACGGGAUGCCCUGACUCUGGAGGUCAGCCAUCUCCAUGACCUCUGUGCCACCUCAGAGAAGGAGGUGAGGGAGCGCCUGAGUGUCUGUGAGAAGCAGCUAGAGCAGCUGGACAGUCAGCUCGCCAGGAGGGCCCAGGGGCUGAAGGAGAGAGCUGCAGCCCUGCAGUGGGAGCUCCGCUCUUUGGAGCAGGCGCUCAGUUACAGUGAACCACAGAACAACAUCUCUCAGCUCCAGCAGCACUGGCACAGCCUUCAGAACUGUGAGAAAUCUCUACAAGAUUUGGGUGUCAAAGUUCAUGACCUUUACCAGGAAGUAAAGGCUACACCAGCCACAGACGAGCUGCCAGCAGAAAUUAUCACAGUGGUGGAGUCCUUACACCGUCAACAUGACAGUCUAAAGUCCAGGCUGAGUGAGCAUCAGGGUACCUGCUCUACAAACACAACUUGCUGUCUGAUGGACUGUCUUCACGCCCUGCAGGAAUGGAACCAAAGCAAACCAUCUGAGUUCACUUCUUCUGUGCAGGUGACAUUAGAGGAAGGUGAAAAGUUGCAGGUCAGUCUGCGGGAGGCGCUUUCUCACCAGUUUCUACCAGACUGUCUUAUGCCGGAAUUGUUUGAGAAACUGGAGAGAGAGGGUUCAGAGGCACUCAGAGAAGCAGACACACAAAAGGCUUCUCUCAGCCAGAGCUUCAAGGAACGUGAUGAAAGAAGUAAACAAAAGCUCCCUGAUAUAAAUACAUCUGUAGUGGCACCACCACGAAAAAAGAAGCGCUCACCAGAGAAAAAGCACAUAGUUACACUUCAGAAAAACAUUCCCUCAAUGGAAAAAUCUACAUCUAGUGAGGAUGAAUUGUCCGUUUCAGCUGAGCUGCAAACUGAGGCUAAAACAUCAAAGCCUACUUUGACAGCAGUCAUGGAAAACACAAAAAUGACUGGUGUGGAGCAAACCAGAAUUGAACCAACAAAAGAGAAAUCUCAGGGUCCAACAUAUGCUUCAGAACCAUUUACAGCACAACAUUACAACAUUUCUCAAGAGGCACAGUUUAAAAGCAGAAAUAUCACAGCUGGGCCUGUUGGAGCUGAGAAAAUGAAACCUUCUGUUGAGGAAACUGUACUGAUCCAAAAAGUCAUUGAGCAGUCUGCUCCGGGUGUUAGUGAUAAAAAUAUACCUGUACCAUCCAGAAGGAAGUCCAAGAUUUCAGCUACUUUUACAGAGCCUGUCCAGGCUAAGGUGGAGUCUGAAAUGGUAAAAAAUAUCAUUACUCAAGGGUCAACCCGAAAUCUGAAAGGAAGUGCUGCUGUUGAAGAAACAAAUAUAGCAACCGCCAUGCUAGAUGUAUCAGAGCCAUCCAACACCAUCCCCAUAAUAACUGAUGCUGAAGUUUUACCAACCAGGAGGAAGUCAAAGUGUCUUGAUGUUUCCACAGUUCCAGAGUCAUUAUCCCCUCUUGGUAGAAUUACUGUUGUGGAACAUAAGGAAACACAACCAGAACCAGAGUUUGUUCAAGGACAAGCUGAAACAGCUGAUGUCGAACAAAGAAAGUUUCUGCCACCCAAGAGAAAGUCGAAGAGUACAGAACUUCCUCUUAAACUUGCUUACACUGAGGCACUUCAGACAAGGGAAGAGCCUGGAGGUCAAAACUCUUCUUUGAGUUCCAAUAACGAAAGUAUUGAAGACACAAAGCUUGUACCAACCAGCAGGAAGUCAAAGAAUGAGGACUUUUUCACAACUUCUGAGACAGUUACCCAUGUUAUAUCAUGUGAUGUGGAGCCCGAACAAAUUAAAAGACAACUUGAAGAUGAAACAUGUUCAACUCAAGGUGUGGUGACAGGACCAACUGAAAUUACUGAUAUGGAAGAAGGAAAGCUUUCGCCUACCAAAAGAAAGUCAAAGGGUCUUAAAACUUCCCACGAACUUCCUACCGCAGAGCUGACAAAGACCAAAGAAGAGCCUGGCAGUCAGAAGCCAUCUUCAACUGAAGACAUGGUCACAGCUCAAACGGAAAUUACUGUUGUGGAAGAAGGAAAACUUUCACCUACCAAAAGAAAGUCAAAAGGUCUUAAACCUUACUGUGAAAUUCCUACCACAGAGCUGACAAAGACCAAUGAAGGGCCUGACAAUCAAAAGCCAUCUAAAACUGAAGAGGUGGUCAAAGCCCAAGCUGAAAUUACUGUUGUAGAAAAAGGAAAUAUUUCCACUACCAAAAGAAAGUCAAAAGGUCUUAAACCUUCCUGUGAAAUUACUACCACAGAGCUGACAAAGACCAAAGAAGAGCCUGGCAGUCAGAAGCCAUCUUCAACUGAAGACAUGGUCACUGCUCAAACUGAAAUUACUGUUGUGGAAGAAGGAAAUCUUUCACCCACCAAAAGAAAGUCAAAGGACCUUAAACUUUCCCCAGAACUUGCUACCGCAGAACUGACAAAGACCAUGGUAGAGCCUGACAGUCAGAAGCCAUCUUCAACUGCAGAAGUGGUCACAUCCCAAACGGAAAUUACUGUUGUGGAAGAAGGAAAGCUUUCACCCACCAAAAGAAAGUCAAAGGGCCUUAAACUUUCCCCAGAACUUGCUACCACAGAAUUGACAAAGACCAUGGUAGAGCCUGACAGUCAGAAGCCAUCUUCAACUGCAGAGGUGGUCCCAACCCAAACGGAAAUGAUUGUUGUGGAAGAAGGAAAGCUUUCACCUACCAAAAGAAAGUCAAUGGGCCUUAAACUUUCCCCCGAACUUCCUACUACAGAGCUGGAAAAGCCCAAAGAAGAGCCUGACAGGCAGAGGCCAUCUUCAACUGCAGAGGUGGUCACAUCCCAAACUGAAAUUACUGUUGUGGAAAAAGGAAAUCUUUCACCUACCAAAAGAAAGUCAAAGGGCCUGAAACUUUCCCCAGAACUUGCUACCACAGAAUUGACAAAGACCAUGGUAGAGCCUGACAGUCAGAAGCCAUCUUCAACUGAAGAAGUGGUCACAUCCCAAACGGAAAUUACUGUUGUGGAAGAAGGAAAGCUUUCACCCACCAAAAGAAAGUCAAAGGGCCUUAAACUUAGCCCAGAACUUGCUACCACACAAUUGACAAAGACCAUGGUAGAGCCUGACAGUCAGAAGCCAUCUUCAACUGCAGAGGUGGUCACAACCCAAACGGAAAUUACUGUUGUGGAAGAAGGAAAGCUUUCACCCACCAAAAGAAAGUUAAAAGGUCUUAAACCUUCCUGUGAAAUUCCUACCACAGAGCUGACAAAGACCAUGGUAGAGCUUGACAGUCAGAAGCCAUCUUCAAUUGAAAAGGUAGUCCCAAUCCAAACGGAAAUUACUGUUGUGGAAGAAGGAAAGCUCUCACUUACCAAAAGAAAGUCAAAGGGUCUUAAACCUUCCCUUGAACUUGCUACCACAGAGCUGACAAAGACCAUGGUAGAGCUUGACAGUCAGAAGCCAUCUUCAAUUGAAAAGGUAGUCCCAAUCCAAACAGAAAUUACUGUUGUGGAAAAAGCAAAGCUUUCACCCACCAAAAGAAAGUCAAAGGGCCUUAAACUUUCCCCAGAACUUGCUACCACAGAAUUGACAAAGACCAUGGUAGAGCCUGACAGUCAGAAGCCAUCUUCAACUGCAGAGGUGGUCACAACCCAAACGGAAAUUAUUGUUGUGGAAGAAGGAAAUCUUUCACCUACCAAAAGAAAGUCAAAGGGCCUUAAACAUUCCCCAGAACUUGCUACCACAGAGCUGACAAAGACCAUGGUAGAGCCUGACAGUCAGAAGCCAUCUUCAACUGCAGAAGUGGUCACAUCCCAAACGGAAAUUACUGUUGUGGAAGAAGGAAAGCUUUCACCCACCAAAAGAAAGUCAAAGGGCCUUAAACUUUCCCCAGAACUUGCUACCACAGAAUUGACAAAGACCAUGGUAGAGCCUGACAGUCAGAAGCCAUCUUCAACUGCAGAGGUGGUCACAACCCAAACGGAAAUUAUUGUUGUGGAAGAAGGAAAGCUUUCACCUACCAAAAGAAAGUCAAUGGGCCUUAAACUUUCCCCAGAACUUCCUACCACAGAACUGACAAAGACCAUGGUAGAGCUUGACAGUCAGAAGCCAUCUUCAACUGAAGAAGUGGUCACAUCCCAAACGGAAAUUACUGUUGUGGAAAAAGGAAAGCUUUCACCCACCAAAAGAAAGUCAAAGGGCCUUAAACUUUCCCCAGAACUUACUACCACAGAACUGACAAAGACCAUGGUAGAGCCUGACAGUCAGAAGCCAUCUUCAACUGAAGAAGUGGUCACAUCCCAAACGGAAAUUACUGUUGUGGAAGAAGGAAAGCUUUCACCUACCAAAAGAAAGUCAAAGGGCCUUAAACCUUCCCCAGAACUUGCUACCACAGAACUGACAAAGACCAUGGUAGAGCUUGACAGUCAGAAGCCAUCUUCAACUGAAGAAGUGGUCACAUCCCAAACGGAAAUUACUGUUGUGGAAGAAGGAAAGCUUUCACCUACCAAAAGAAAGUCAAAGGGCCUUAAACCUUCCCCAGAACUUGCUACCACAGAGCUGACAAAGACCAUGGUAGAGCUUGACAGUCAGAAGCCAUCUUCAAUUGAAAAGGUAGUCCCAAUCCAAACGGAAAUUACUGUUGUGGAAAAAGCAAAGCUCUCACUUACCGAAAUAAAGUCAGAUGGUCAAGAAGAAGGAAAGCUUUCACCUACCAAAAGAAAGUCAAAGGGCCUUAAACUUUCCACAGAACUUGCUACCACAGAACUGACAAAGACCAUGGUAGAGCUUGACAGUCAGAAGCCAUCUUCAACUGAAAAGGUAGUCCCAACCCAAACGGAAAUUAUUGUUGUGGAAGAAGGAAAGCUUUCACCUACCAAAAGAAAGUCAAUGGGCCUUAAACUUUCCCCAGAACUUGCUACCACAGAACUGACAAAGACCAUGGUAGAGCUUGACAGUCAGAAGCCAUCUUCAACUGAAGAAGUGGUCACAUCCCAAACGGAAAUUACUGUUGUGGAAAAAGGAAAGCUUUCACCCACCAAAAGAAAGUCAAAGGGCCUUAAACUUUCCACAGAACUUCCUACCACAGAACUGACAAAGACCAUGGUAGAGCCUGACAGUCAGAAGCCAUCUUCAACUGAAGAAGUGGUCACAUCCCAAACGGAAAUUACUGUUGUGGAAGAAGGAAAGCUUUCACCUACCAAAAGAAAGUCAAAGGGCCUUAAACCUUCCCCAGAACUUCCUACCACAGAGCUGACAAAGACCAUGGUAGAGCUUGACAGUCAGAAGCCAUCUUCAAUUGAAAAGGUAGUCCCAAUCCAAACGGAAAUUACUGUUGUGGAAAAAGCAAAGCUCUCACUUACCGAAAUAAAGUCAGAUGGUCAAGAAGAAGGAAAGCUUUCACCCACCAAAAGAAAGUCAAAGGGCCUUAAACUUUCCCCAGAACUUGCUACCACAGAAUUGACAAAGACCAUGGUAGAGCCUGACAGUCAGAAGCCAUCUUCAACUGCAGAGAUGGUCACAACCCAAACGGAAAUUAUUGUUGUGGAAGAAGGAAAGCUUUCACCCACCAAAAGAAAGUCAAAGGGCCUUAAACUUUCCCCAGAACUUGCUACCACAGAACUGACAAAGACCAUGGUAGAGCCCGACAGUCAGAAGCCAUCUUCAACUGAAGAAGUGGUCACAUCCCAAACGGAAAUUACUGUUGUGGAAAAAGGAAAGCUUUCACCCACCAAAAGAAAGUCAAAGGGCCUUAAACUUUCCACAGAACUUACUACCACAGAACUGACAAAGACCAUGGUAGAGCUUGACAGUCAGAAGCCAUCUUCAAUUGAAAAGGUAGUCCCAAUCCAAACGGAAAUUACUGUUGUGGAAAAAGCAAAGCUCUCACUUACCGAAAUAAAGUCAGAUGGUCAAGAAGAAGGAAAGCUUUCACCCACCAAAAGAAAGUCAAAGGGCCUUAAACCUUCCCCAGAACUUGCUACCACAGAGCUGACAAAGACCAUGGUAGAGCCUGACAGUCAGAAGCCAUCUUCAACUGAAGAAGUGGUCACAUCCCAAACGGAAAUUACUGUUGUGGAAAAAGGAAAUCUUUCACCUACCAAAAGAAAGUCAAAGGGCCUUAAACCUUCCCCAGAACUUGCUACCACAGAGCUGACAAAGACCAUGGUAGAGCUUGACAGUCAGAAGCCAUCUUCAAUUGAAAAGGUAGUCCCAAUCCAAACGGAAAUUACUGUUGUGGAAAAAGCAAAGCUCUCACUUACCGAAAUAAAGUCAGAUGGUCAAGAAGAAGGAAAGCUUUCACCCACCAAAAGAAAGUCAAAGGGCCUUAAACUUUCCCCAGAACUUGCUACCACAGAAUUGACAAAGACCAUGGUAGAGCCUGACAGUCAGAAGCCAUCUUCAACUGCAGAGAUGGUCACAACCCAAACGGAAAUUAUUGUUGUGGAAGAAGGAAAGCUUUCACCUACCAAAAGAAAGUCAAAGGGCCUUAAACUUUCCCCAGAACUUGCUACCACAGAACUGACAAAGACCAUGGUAGAGCCUGACAGUCAGAAGCCAUCUUCAACUGAAGAAGUGGUCACAUCCCAAACGGAAAUUACUGUUGUGGAAAAAGGAAAGCUUUCACCCACCAAAAGAAAGUCAAAGGGCCUUAAACUUUCCACAGAACUUACUACCACAGAACUGACAAAGACCAUGGUAGAGCUUGACAGUCAGAAGCCAUCUUCAAUUGAAAAGGUAGUCCCAAUCCAAACGGAAAUUACUGUUGUGGAAAAAGCAAAGCUCUCACUUACCGAAAUAAAGUCAGAUGGUCAAGAAGAAGGAAAGCUUUCACCCACCAAAAGAAAGUCAAAGGGCCUUAAACUUUCCCCAGAACUUCCUACCACAGAAUUGACAAAGACCAUGGUAGAGCUUGACAGUCAGAAGCCAUCUUCAACUGCAGAGGUGGUCACAACCCAAACGGAAAUUAUUGUUGUGGAAGAAGGAAAGCUUUCACCUACCAAAAGAAAGUCAAAGGGCCUUAAACUUUCCCCAGAACUUGCUACCACAGAACUGACAAAGACCAUGGUAGAGCCCGACAGUCAGAAGCCAUCUUCAACUGCAGAAGUGGUCACAUCCCAAACGGAAAUUACUGUUGUGGAAAAAGGAAAGCUUUCACCCACCAAAAGAAAGUCAAAGGGCCUGAAACUUUCCCCAGAACUUCCUACCACAGAACUGACAAAGACCAUGGUAGAGCCCGACAGUCAGAAGCCAUCUUCAACUGAAGAAGUGGUCACAUCCCAAACAGAAAUUACUGUUGUGGAAGAAGGAAAGCUUUCACCCACCAAAAGAAAGUCAAAGGGCCUGAAACUUUCCCCAGAACUUACUACCACAGAACUGACAAAGACCAUGGUAGAGCUUGGCAGUCAGAAGCCAUCUUCAAUUGAAAAGGUAGUCCCAAUCCAAACGGAAAUUACUGUUGUGGAAAAAGCAAAGCUCUCACUUACUGAAAUAAAGUCAUAUGGUCAAGAAGAAGGAAAGCUUUCACCCACCAAAAGAAAGUCAAAGGGCCUUAAAUUUUCCCCAGAACUUCCUACCACAGAGAUGAUAAAGACCGUGGUAGAGCCUGACAGACAGAAGCCAUCUUCAACUGAAGAAGUGGUCACAUCCCAAACGGAAAUUACUGUUGUGGGAAAAGGAGAGAUUUCACCCACCAAAAGAAAGGCAAUGAAUGUAAAUCUUCCCAUAGAAUGUGAUUCCACGGAGCUCACAAAGACCACAGAAGUGCCUGACAGUCAGAAGCCAUCUUUAUCUCCAGAGAUGGGCAUAGCACAAAUUGAAUUUACUCUUGUGGAAAAAGGAACGCUUUCACCAAGCAAUAGAAUGUCAAAGGGUCUUGAGGUUUUCACGGAACAAGACCCAGAGUCUGAGAAGUCUGAGAAGGUACCUCAAAGUGGAAAGCCCGUGUGUGCACAGGGGGGUGCAGCAUUAACUGAACUUGCUGAAUCGAGAGAAUCAAGUAAGUUUUCACUAACUGCCCUUCAAAGACCUACUGAUAUAGAGCCUGAAGAUUCUAAGAAACAACUUCAAAUUGUGGAGUCUACCACAGCUUUAGAGGUGGUCACAAGGCAGACUGAAAUUGUUGUGGGAGAGCUUGUACGGACCAUAGGAAAGUCAAAGAGUCCAGAACUUUCUGGAACUUCACAGACUCAUACACAACCUGAACAAUCUAAGAAACGGUCUAAAAGUUCAGAGAUUGCCAUGGCACCAUGGACCAAGAUGCAAAAUAUUGAUAUUGUUAGUAUAAGCCAACCUCCAAUCAUGGGUGAUGUUAAAUCAACUGUUCCUCAAAAAGUGGAACCGGCUGAGGACAGUCAAUGUACUGUGAAGAACGUCAGUCCAGUAGGCGAUAGGUUUACUGUUGAACUUGGUGGCACCGUUCCGGAGAUCCCAGGAAAGAAAGUGGCCACGGUCAUUCUGGACACAUCUGAGGUUCUUGUAAAGAUAGCUGAUACUCAGCCAUGGAUGAGUACUGAGAGUGUAAAUAUUCAGACCCCUGGAUUGGUGAGGGUUGAGACCACAUAUGUACAACCAUCAGAAAAAAUGGAUACUUGUACAUCUCAGGCUGAACCUCUGGAGCCUGUCCUCAUUUCAACCAUGACCAAAUCUCCACAUUCUGAGUUACAGGAGCUUAAAGACAGUUCUAAAGAGCCCGUAGAACAAACCAUUACCCAGUCUGUAGAAAGAGACUAUAGUACAGUGCCUCAACCAAAUCUUUCCGAGCCUACUGACACACCACAUGUGGCAGAUUACAUAGACAAAUUAUGGAAAAACACAGAUGAGAUUCAGAAGAGAUAUCUGGUCCUUGAUGUGCCUGAGAUAGCAGUUACCCAGACAUGUGAGAUAAAGCCAGAUCAGCCAGAGGCAGAAAGUGUAUCUGAAAGUCAUUCCACCCAAGGUAUCUCUGCUGUUUUUGAAGCGGUGCAGCCUCAUAGGGCAGAGACAGAAAUUUUUGAAAUAAGCUCAUCUGAGCAAGACAUAAUCAAACCAUGUGAAACUGCAAGUCAACUGAAGCUCUUGGAAACCACACAGGAAAGACCCAAAGUGGACAAGGUUCAUACUGUCAGAGAAGAGCAUGCUGAAGUAUCAACACGAGCCAUUCAUGAUAUACCUAAGAGCCUGGAUGAAAAGUAUGUUAAGAAAAUCCACAUGGGGCCUGAAGUGCACAUUCUACAAUUAGAUAUACAGACAAACCCAGAGAAGGAUGAAAACACGUCUGUCACAAGAGCAAAAAGGAUAGAUAUUGUUCAAACAAGUAUCCAGAGCAAAAGGGUGCCAAAAAGCAAAGAUAUGGCUACUGCUGAUGUUAAGCCAGAGAAGGCUGCACUUAAGAUGACUACGGUAGAGGUGCGAGAAAGCAGUACUGAAUGUCAAGAUGAUGUGGCUCAAAGGGACUCUGCUCAACCCACGUCUUCUGUUUCUAAAUUGCAACCACAUGAGACAGAAACAAAAUGUAUAGAAAUAAGCUUAUAUGAGCAAGACAUAGUAAAACCGAGCCAAACUGAAAUUAAUACUGGGUUCUUGAAAAGUGAACAGAAUAGACCUAGAGAGAUCAUGGAACGUGGGGUCCAAGAAGAGCAACCUAAAGUAUCAACACAGUGUAUGUACGAUGUACCCAUGAACCUGGAUGAAAAGUCUGUUAGGAUGGAGAAAACCCACAUGGGGCCUGAAGUGUGUGUUAUACAACUAGAUAUCUCAACCAGUCUUGAGGAGCGUGACAGCACAAGAUCAAAAGAGCCGAGGACUGAUAUAGUUCAAACAAGUAUCCAGUGUGAAAGAGCACCAGAAAACAAAGAUAAGACUUCUGAUGUUAAACCGGAGAAAGCUGCUGUAAAGACAAGAAUAGGAGCGCAACAAAUGAGCGCUGAAAGGCAAGAGACUGUGGCUAAGAGUGACUCCACUCAGCCCACCUCUGUUUCUUUUGCAGUAGUGCAGCCAAGUGAAGCAGAGACAUUUACAGAAAUAAAGUUAUCUGAGCAAGACACUGUAAAACCAAGCGAUAAGCAAGAGUUCAUGAGUACCACACAGAAGAGACCCCAAAAGGUCAAGGACCUCGUUGUGCAAGAAGUGCAUGCUGUAGUGUCAACAAAAGAAUUGCAUCCUCAGAGCCUGGAUGAAAAGUCUGUUAGGAUGGAGAAAAUCCUCAAAGGGGCUGAAGUGUGCAUUUUCCAGGCAGAUCCGCAGGCCCCCAGCCCAGUUCAAAGUGAUCAAUCAAGUAUCCAAAGUGAAAAAGUUGAAAAGUUGUCAGAGAACAGAGACCUGACUUCAGCUGAUGUUCAGCCAGAAAAGGUUGUAGUCAAGACGUCUAGAGUGGAAAUGCAAGAAGUCCGUAUGGGAAGGCAAGAGAAAGUGGCUGAAAGUGACUCCACUCACCUACCUGCCUCUGACAUUAUUACAUCUGCUCAGCCACAUGAGCCAGCGACAGACUUUGUAGAAAUAAGCUUAUCUGGACAAGACAAGUUGAAACCAAACCAGACUGUGACUCAGCUAGAGCUCCUGAAAACCACACAGGACAGACCCAAAGAGGUCAAAGACAUUAGUGUCCAUGAAAAACAUGCCAAAGUAUCACCACGUGACAUGCAGGAUGUACCCAAGAGCCUGGAUGAGAAGUCUGUUAGGAUGGAGCAAACCCACACGGGGCCUGAAGUACGUGUUUUACAGCUAGAUAUCUCAACCAGUCUUGAGGAGCGUGACAGCACAUUUGUCACAAUAUCAAAAGAGCCGAGGACUGAUAUAGUUCAAACAAGUAUCCAGUGUGAAAGAGCACCAGAAAACAAAGAUAAGACUUCUGAUGUUAAACCGGAGAAAGCUGCUGUAAAGACAAGAAUAGGAGCGCAACAAAUGAGCACUGAGACUGUGGCUAAGAGUGACUCAACUCAGCCCACCUCUGUUUCUUUUGCAGUAGUGCAGCCAAGUGAAGCAGAGACAUCUGCAGAAAUAAAGUUAUCUGAGCAAGACACUGUAAAACCAAGCGAUAAGCAAGAGUUCAUGAGUACCAUACAGAAAAGACCCCAAAAGGUCAAGGACCUCGUUGUGCAAGAAGUGCAUGCUGUAGUGUCAACAAAAGAAUUGCAUCCUCAGAGCCUGGAUGAAAAGUCUGUUAGGAUGGAGAAAAUCCUCAAAGGGGCUGAAGUGUGCAUUUUCCAAGCAGAUCCGCAGGCCCCCAGCCCAGUUCACAGUGAUCAAUCAAGUAUCCAAAGUGAAAAAGUUGAAAAGUUGUCAGAGAACAGAGACCUGACUUCAGCUGAUGUUCAGCCAGAAAAGGUUGUAGUCAAGACGUCUAGAGUGGAAAUGCAAGAAGUCCGUAUGAGAAGGCAAGAGAAAGUGGCUGAAAGUGACUCCACUCACCUACCUGCCUCUGACAUUAUUACAUCUGCUCAGCCACAUGAGCCAGCGACAGACUUUGUAGAAAUAAGCUUAUCUGGACAAGACAAGUUGAAACCAAACCAGACUGUGACUCAGCUAGAGCUCCUGAAAACCACACAGGACAGACCCAAAGAGGUCAAAGACAUUAGUGUCCAUGAAAAACAUGCCAAAGUAUCACCACGUGACAUGCAGGAUGUACCCAAGAGCCUGGAUGAGAAGUCUGUUAGGAUGGAGCAAACCCACACGGGGCCUGAAGUACGUGUUUUACAGCUAGAUAUCUCAACCAGUCUUGAGGAGCGUGACUGCACAUUUGUCACAAUAUCAAAAGAGCCGAGGACUGAUAUAGUUCAAACAAGUAUCCAGUGUGAAAGAGCACCAGAAAACAAAGAUAAGACUUCUGAUGUUAAACCGGAGAAAGCUGCCGUAAAGACAAGAAUAGGAGCGCAACAAAUGAGCGCUGAAAGGCAAGAAACUGUCGCUAAGAGUGACUCCACUCAGCCCACCUCUGUUUCUUUUGCAGUAGUGCAGCCAAGUGAAGCAGAGACAUUUACAGAAAUAAAGUUAUCUGAGCAAGACACUGUAAAACCAAGCGAUAAGCAAGAGUUCAUGAGUACCACACAGAAAAGACCCCAAAAGGUCAAGGACCUCGUUGUGCAAGAAGUGCAUGCUGUAGUGUCAACAAAAGAAUUGCAUCCUCAGAGCCUGGAUGAAAAGUCUGUUAGGAUGGAGAAAAUCCUCAAAGGGGCUGAAGUGUGCAUUUUCCAAGCAGAUCCGCAGGCCCCCAGCCCAGUUCAAAGUGAUCAAUCAAGUAUCCAAAGUGAAAAAGUUGAAAAGUUGUCAGAGAACAGAGACCUGACUUCAGCUGAUGUUCAGCCAGAAAAGGUUGUAGUCAAGACGUCUAGAGUGGAAAUGCAAGAAGUCCGUAUGGGAAGGCAAGAGAAAGUGGCUGAAAGUGACUCCACUCACCUACCUGCCUCUGACAUUAUUACAUCUGCUCAGCCACAUGAGCCAGCGACAGACUUUGUAGAAAUAAGCUUAUCUGGACAAGACAAGUUGAAACCAAACCAGACUGUGACUCAGCUAGAGCUCCUGAAAACCACACAGGACAGACCCAAAGAGGUCAAAGACAUUAGUGUCCAUGAAAAACAUGCCAAAGUAUCACCACGUGACAUGCAGGAUGUACCCAAGAGCCUGGAUGAGAAGUCUGUUAAAAAGGGAGAAAUCCAUGUGAGCGUUCAUGAAUGCCGAACUGUCCAAAUAAAAAAGGAACCGAGGAUGGAAUCCAGUGUCCAGCUUAAGACAGAUAACGAAAGCAAGGAUGUGACCACCACUGAUGUUCAGCCUGACAAGUCUGCAAUUAAGAUGACCGAGGCAGGAGUGCGAGAAAGCUUUACUGAAUCCCUGUCUGAGCCCAGUGUGGUCCCUAGGGUCCAAACAGAGAGCCACUCAACAAAGAAGAAAGAAGAAGAGAAGGACGACAACAGUACAAUUCAGGUUAAGGAAAUGGAAAAGGUGGUCACUGUAGAAAUACAAAAUGUUCCACUCCCAAUGGCCACAACCCCCACCACUGGUGAAGUGAGGCUUCAGAGUAUGGAUCCGCCACAGGUGUACAGGGCUGACAAGAUAUCACCAGCAUUGCUGCAGGCAGUUCAGAAAUCCUCAACUGACAUUAUCAGGGAUGAAAUAACCCUGGUGGAAGGAUUGCCCUCUCAGGAGAACAAAGCCCAAGCAGAAGCAAGUGUUGUGAAGACUGUUGUGAAGACUGAGAAACUUGUUCUGGAGGUCCCGGAAGGAUCUGCUAUGAGGAAGAUCUUCACAGAAAUACAGCGACCCACAGGGACAGGACCCAGCAGUCCAAUCAGUGAGGGCAAACCACAGGAAGAUGCUCCAGAGGCUCUGAUAUCAUCCAGCAGUGAUGCGGGCAAUCAUCUAAGCAGGAUGAUGUCUAAAGUAUUGAGCUGCAAGAACCAACCAGCUGAGCUCAAUCCGACAGCCAUGGCACAGCAGCUGGAGGAGGCUCAGGAGUGCCGAGAGACUGCCCAGGCACAGCUGUCAUUGCUCUCUCAGUUGAGACGGGCUGAUUCUGAGAACAGGAUUGCUAUGGAGCAAGUGGAGGACCACUGGAGUACUGCUGUUCAGGAUGCAGCGGCUGUCAUCCAGAGUAAAGAGGCCCAGCUGCAGGUGGUGACUGAUUACUGCAGACAGAGCCAAGCAGCCAAGACCACACUGGAGAGACUGACGGCAGAACUGGAUGCUGUCAGAAUGUCCCCAAAGGAGAGUAGCUCCAAGGAGGCAGUGCAACUACGCUCGUUACAGAGAAGUAUGGAGGAGAACAGAACCGUACUUGGGGAGUUGCUCGUGACUCAUACCAAGUUAUGCCCCCACCUCAGUCGGUCUGAGCGAGUAACCGCGCAGACUGAGCAGGAGAACCUACAAGAGAAGUGGAGAGGCCUGGAAAGAGCUGUGGAGCGGACUUUGCAUCACGCGAAUGUCCAUUCUCACAAGACAAGCAGCCUUAUGUCUGAGAUAUCAGGUCUUCAGGAACAUUUGGAGACAAUCGUUAAAGACCACGAUGCCAAGUCUUCUUCAGUUACUGAGUGGAAUUGCAAGAAGGCGCAACAGAUGAUGGUAGCAAACGCUGAGUUUAAAGCUGCCCAGCAAAAAUACCUUCAUUUGCAGCAACUGUCAGAGGCACUACUUCUCAGUUCACGGUGGGAGAAAGAAACAAAAGAGAUACAGCAGGGACUUCAGAGGGUCAAAGACCAACUGUGCCACACAGAGGAGCUAGUGCUCUGUCAAACCCAGAACAGCAACAACCCCAUCAUGGAGAAAAUCAUCGUGGUGAUGAGGGAUGGCCUUGCCUGGGCGAAGCAGACAGAGUGUGACAUUGAGGGCAGGAGGAAGAGGGUGGCACUCCUCCCUGAGGAGGUGCACCGGCAGCUCAGAGAUCUGAAGAAGAUGCAGUCUGAGGUUAUGACCAAACAGGGUCAACUGGAGUCACUGGUGGAGGAGAUGACAGAGCUCCUUCCACAGCUGGACCAGGCUGAGGAGGUGCCCAUGGUGCGUUCCUCUCUGCAGUCCCUUGAAGAACUCUCAAAGUCAACUACUGAGAAGCUAGCCAUGGCCGUGAGAGAGAUAGAGUCAGGACUGCAGACCAGAGAAAAGCUAUCAGAGCAGAUUGCUGACCUAGAUUCCUGGGUUGUGGCUCAUCUGCACAGAGAAGCCUCCAGGAGUGCCAGCUGUGAGUUCAGGAAUCCUGCUGAACUUGACCGCAGAGUUCGUCAGAUUCAAGAGACCCUGGCUGAGGCUGAGAAGCAGUCCGCUGUCUGUGAGGCUCUUUUAAUGAAGAGCAAAGACAUUUCCUCUGAACUCAGCAUCACAGAGAACUGUCAGCUGUUUGACAAUCUUACCAACCUCCAGGAGGACAUCAGAGCCAUCAGCAGCUAUGAGAAGACCAAUAAAAAGGAGCUGGAUGAACUCACUUCAGCUGUAGAUUCAAGCAAAAAGAAACUGGUCACCAUUGAAAAAAGCCUGAGGCAGAUGUUAGUAGAUGUGAGUAGACACAGAUACCCGAUCACAAGAGAGUCCCUGCAAGCUUUGGAACCUUUCAAACACAUGAUUUUGGAGUACAAAUCCCAGGUUGACCUCUUGCAACAAUGGAUUCCCCAGGAAAAGACAAGGGAACUGUAUUUGGUCAUUUCUGAACUUCACAGCAAAAUGACCACUCUGGAGAUGAAAGCCACAGAUCAUGAGAGGUACCUGAACAUGAGGCAGUGUGUGGAGGACCUCAGUGAUAACAUCCAGGAACAGUUCCGUCAGACCAAAGACGACAGCAGAGCGCUGGAGGAGAAGUACAAAGUCUGUCAGACCCUCCUAGUCCAGUUUCCUCUGAUAAAAUAUUUAUCUGAGGAGGCUGGUUCCAAACUCCAGGUGAUCUGUGCUGACCUUUACCCGUCACAACUGAAUGCAGAGCGACAGAGACUGAAACAAAAAGAGGAGAGCCUUGACACCUUGGAAAUGACACUCUACAACGACCUCAGCAUCAUCGAGUGGAACCUGCUUGAGGAACUGGACCUCGACUCAGAGACGGCAGACGCUCAGACUUUCCUCUGGAAGACCCAGCAGGAGCUCCAGGAACUCCCCAUGUUGACGCCAAAUGAAGCGGCAAUCAGCAACAAAUACCAGAGAAUCAUAUAUUUGAAAAAGACUGUAGAGUCAAGAAUGAGAGCGUUGGAGGUUCUAGAGAAGAAGAAGGGAACCAGACAAGGAAGUCGAUUGCAGAAUCUGACGGAGUUGAAGAAUGCAGUCCUCAGUGAAUGUGACUCACAAAUGGAGAACAUCUCCCAGGCCAGAGAGUCUUUGAGAAGCUACACAUGUGAUGUUAGACAAGCAGUACAAUUCCUGAGGAACAUCGAGCCCUCUCUGCUGCCGCCGCUGGGCCCUGCGGGACUCUGCUCUGAAAGGCUAGAGGAGAUCCAGCAGGCUUUGGCCUCACUGCAACAGCAGUUCCAGACUCAUGUGGAGCAGCUCCAGAACCAGGUUGCCCUGCACCCUUACUUGUCCCCCCAGAAGGUGGAGCAGCUCCAGGAGAAUAUUCUGAGCCAGCUCCUGGUGAGGAUGUCCACUUUGCAGGCAAAGGGCCAUGUUCGACUGGAGUGUCUCUGCAGGUGUGCAGAACAUCACAGAAAAUACACCAAGUGCCAAGAUGAAAUUACUCUGAGUGUGAAGAGAGCAGAGAACAGCCUUUCAGGGUUCAUCAGUCAAAAGGUCACCUGUCUCGCUGACUGCACUGACCAGCAAGCCAACCUCAAAGCUCUGUCUGAGGAGGUGGAGUCCCUGCAGAGGCGUCUGGAGGAGCUGAAGGAGUGGUGCCCAGAGCAGAGCUGUCGUGGAGGCAGGGAGGCCACCGUGACUUCUCUCUGGAAACGGAUAUCAAGACUAGGUCGCUGCACACAAGCACUGACAACUCGCUGUAAACGGAGGAUCGCAGAAUGGAGCGAAAUCACCAACAGUGUCGAAAAGGCCUCUGCUGUCCUGGAGCAGGUGGAGGCGGAGCUUCCAGAUGGCUCCUGGCUGAAGGCCUCCACUGAGGAGCUUCAGGACCUGCUGCAGUCCUGGGAACAGUACCAGGAAAGCCUAGACUGUGAACACCGAGCCUUGUCCGCACUGGAACUGCGCACUGCCCGGCUGCUGGGUGUCCCCGCCCACCUGGAGCGGGCUCCUCCCACUCCACUCUGUCAACAGCUGCAGGCGAUGCAGAGUCGAUACAGCAGUGUGAAGCAGAGGAGCAGGGAUGGUUUGAAGGCAGCCAGGAUGGAGCUGGAGGAUAGGGAAAAGGUUCGGGAUGAGCUGCAGGGCGUCCGGGUUUGGCUGGAGGCUGCAGAUGGUCUUCUGUCAGAGAUGGAGCAGAGCAGCAGCACACAGGAGCUCCAGGAGGUUCACAGCCAGCUGUGUACCCAGAAGGUUUUGCUCCAGAGCAUCAUGGAGAGGCUAAGGAUGAAGUACUCAGACAUGUACACUCUGGUCCCGGUCGAGAUCGAAAGCCAGCUGAAGGAGGUCAAACAGUCCCUGCAGCAAGUUGAAGUAAAGGUGGGAGAGGCGGUGAAGAGGAGCGGUCCUGUCCACAGGCUGGGGGCAAAGCUGUCUGAGAUCCAGGCUGGCCUGAGGUCAGUUCAGAAAAGACUUGAACAGCAAGGCCCCACUGUGACUCACGCAAAGAUCACUCAGAAGCGUGUGUGGGAUGAGCUGGACGUGUGGCACUCGUGCAUGGCGGCGCUUGAGGUGGACAUGCAGGACUUGGAGAAACCAGAGGAGGCACUGACCCUCACUGAGAGACUUGUGGAGGUCCAGCAGCUCCACUCCCACUUGGCCAAACAGGCAGAGCAGAGGACCACCCUCAUCAGCAAGAUCCAAACGUGGCUUCAGGAGCAUCAGGAGAUGAUUAAGAGCUCUAAAAGCUGGAUGGCAGAGGCUCAGUCGUGGCUCGCUGCUCCCUGCACCUACACCAGUGCUAAGUGUCUGAGUGGCCAUGUUCGCGCUCUGCAGACGGUGUUGGAUGACUCGGCACAGAUCCGAACCACUCUGCAGGGCUUCAGCUCAGUUCUGAAGGAAAUGUCACAGGUUUGUGACGUCACAGCUCUCCAGGAACAACUAGUCGACGCCGACCGCCAAGUGGCCAACGUUCAAGACAGCUUCACUGCUCCUCUGUCUCAGCUGGAGCACGCCGCUGCCGAGGUGGAAGCCAUUGAGAGUGAAGUCAAGCGGAUGGAGAAUGAUGUGGCUGAAGUCAAGACCUUAUUAUCGUCUCCAGAGACUUUCCCCAGCCCCAGAGAAGAAAGCCUUAAGGCUGUUGAGCAGAGGAUCCAGUCCAUGAGGAGGACUGUAGCGGAGAUCCAGAAGUGUAAACCAGACCUUUGUCUUCCAGAGAAGGCUGAAGAGACCCUGACUGUCUUUACUGUAGUGGACCAGCUCCAGACUCUGCUGCUGGAACUGGAGAAGAAGGUCCCUGCUGUGUUCAUCCAGCAGCCCGCGACUCCGAUCCAAACCAAAGUUCUGGUGGCCCAGCAGACGACCUCUCAGCCUCAACUUCUAAAAUCCACUUCAGUGGAGUCUGAGCAGGAUCAAAUCAGAAUUGCUCAUGUUGAAGCGGACGUACUGAAGAGAUCCGGAGCCAUGCUGCAGACAGUGAAACAGUCCUCACCUGAACAGAGACUGUCCUGGACACCUGACAGCACUCAGCAGCGGGAGCAUGAAGGCGUGCUCCAGGCUGAAGAAGCCGGAGAGGAAAAAGGGAGUGAGGAGCAGAGAGUGGAAGAAGGUGGAGGAGGUGUUUUCUGGUGGCUCUGGGAUGCUUUCCUGGGCACUUCUCCAGAGGAACCUACGGUUGUUGUCCCCAAAGAGACUGAAGCUGCCACCGGACAAAGCAGUGAACGGCCGGUAGAAGAUAGACAGGAUGUUGAGGGCCCUACUGACACCACAGAAGCAAGUUCAUCUGAAGCGUUAUCAGAACCCCCGGGCACAGUCAGAACCCAGUCACUGCCCGAGAGCAUGGUAAACACGCCCUCCACCGUCUCCAAAGCCGACGCUGGGUCCCAGCAGAAAUGUGUAGUCUCCAGUCGCUGUCACUGGAGCCCUGCCACCGCUCCAGGAAGUGGUUUCUGCCACAGUUUGCUCAGCUCCUCUUCUCUACCUGCGUCCCUGGAGCAGAGAGGUUCAGCCAGGUGUGUUGUGUUUGUGUCCCAGGCCCUGGAGGAGCCUCGGCCGGCCGGGUCCCCGCCUGGGCCCCGCCCCAUUGAAGGUGUCCUCCAUGUCUGCCUAGAGAGCGUCUGCCAGCUGGAGCUGUGGCUGCAGAACGCCCAGAGGAGCCUGGUAGCUGCCGGUUCAUCGACCAUGCAGGUCAGCAUGGAGCAGCAGCUCCUCACCUGCCAGGAGAUGUUCUUGGAGAUCGAGCAGAACGUUGCGAGCCUGGCGGCGCUUGGCCAGGCCGCUGACCAGCAGCAGCAGCAGCAGGAUGAACUGGGAGCUGUGGGAUCCCAGCACGAAACAGCUGAGCUGCUCUCCUCCAAACUGGAGCUCCUGAAGGCCAACCUGGUCUGCUUCCAGCAGCUGCUACAGGACAGACAGGGAGAGGAGAGAACAAUAACACAGAAGUCGGUACCUCAGCCAGGGCACUACCUGGAGUCUAAGUUGAAGUGCAGCAGCAGCAGCAACGUUCAGGAAAUCUUCUCCUCACCGAGAAACAAACUGCUCAGACAGAGCAGCCUGCAACAGCAGAAGGAGCUGGAGCAGGAGCUGACUGAACAGAGAGGACUGACUCAGGCCAUCUCCAGGCAGGGCAGCAGAGCUCGACUCCACAGCCAGGAAGCAGAGGACCACAGCCAGCUGUCACCAUGGUCGCCUCCUGUUGAGGCUGAUGUGGAGGAGCACUCUGCUCAGAAGAAGUGGGAUCGCCUUCACAGUCGGCUGCUGGCUCUGGAGGAGAGCUGGCUGCUUCCUCCUCCUGAAGUGUCAGACUCAUCUAGGAGGCGUAGUGAUGGAACAGUGGGACGCAUGAUUGACACGCAAACCCUGAAAGAGCUCCAAACCCACAUCACCCACCUGAGGGAGCUGGGACACACAGCGACAGAGCAUCUCAAUCAGGCCCCCGCUGUGGACGGCUCCCAUCAGACGCUGGACGAGGGUUUGUUUCAUGUGCUGUAUGGAGCGUCCCUGUGCCUGUCCGCCAUCAACAACCUGCUGCACUCUCCUGCUGGGACGCCACAUGAAGAAGACGCACAGCAGAGGCUGCUGCAGCUGCAGAGUCUGUCGGCACAGCUGACUACCCUUGGCAGUGAACUGGCGUCGCAGGGGUCAAAGGUCAGCCGUGUCCUGGGGUCAGAGUGUGGUCAGCAGGGUGUAGACUCUCUGUGUAGACUCCUUCCCGUGGUCCAGGCUGCACUGAGCAGCAGAGAGAAGCAGCUCAGAGACCUGCAGGAGGAGACUGCAGAGCAACAGAACCGGUGUUGUCUGUUUAAGCAACAGACACAACUAAACGAGUUGCAUGCAGCCUUCACUUCUAACCAGGCGACUGUUCACCAAAUAAUUAAUGAAUUCAAUGGAACCCUGGACCUUAACAAGCAACUACAGGCUGUGGUUCAGAUGCAGGAGUGUCUCCAGCAGCAGGUGGAGCAGGUGAGCUCCCUGCUGGAUGAGGCUGAACACCACCUGCCUGCCUCUCUCAUCCACCAGGCUACUCAGCUGCAGGGUGAGCUGGACAGCGCUCUGGGUGGUGUUCGCUCCCGCUGUGAGGAGCUGAAGAGCAGCGUGGAGCUGCAGCAGCAAUGUGAGCGGCUGGUCCACAGCCUGGAGGAGCUGCUCGCUCUGGGCUCUGAGCGCCUCAUACAGCAGCCUGACACAGAGCUCCACAACAGAGCUCAGCUCCAGCAGCAGCACAGCAGUCACAUGAAGUUCUUCCAGUUCCUGGGCCACCAUUUCAGGAUCCUGCAGGACCUGACCCAGAGGGUCCCAGAGAGCGCCCUCCAGGGGUGGCAGGGUGCAGGGAUGGACCUGCAGGAUGAGGUGGCCCGACUGCAGCAGCACGGACUGGAGAAGGGGACCAGGAUGCGGGAAACAUUGCAGAUCUGGUCGCAGUGGGAGGAGGACAGCUCCUGGGCAGACUCCCUGCUGAGAGACAUUGAGACUUCAUUUCCCAAGAUGCACGAGGGGGGUGAUUUUGAAGAUCAGAUAUCAGACAAGCUCUCUUUCUACCAGGAGCUGUGCAGCGUUCUGGAGGGGAGCAAGGCGCGGUGGAGUCGGAUGCUGGAGGCGGGGCUCUGGCUGCAAAGAUUUGGCUGUAAGGGAGUGGGUGUGUCCACCAGAGAGCUGGAUGCACGCUGGAGAGCCCUGCACAAGAAGGCGGAGCACCAACGCACCAGCGUAGACACGAACAAGAAGCUGAGGAGCAGGUUUCUACGUGACUCCGCUGCGUUGGCCGACUGGAUGGGCGGGGCCAGAGAGCUGAUUGACAAAUGGAGUCAGCUCUCCGUCUCAGCAAAUGAGGAGAUGGAUGUUGAACAGAGGCGUGACCACUACCUCCAGUUUGUGGCUUUGACCAAAGAGUUGGAGACCAAAUCUGGACUGAAGGCGGCUGUAAUUGGUGCUGGAACCCGGCUGGUGCAGCUGAGGGAAGCAGAUGGAGACUCUGAUAGAAAUCUAGAGGACAAGAAAACUUCACCAUCUCAGACUUCAGACCCAGAUCUCUGCUCCGUCCACUCCCAGCUCAGGCAGAUAGAGCUGGACUGGUCCAGUCUGUUGGCCGGCGUUCCUGUCGUCCAACAAGCUCUGCAUAAGCGAUGGAUGGAGACAUUGACCCAGCAAGAGGCGCUGCUGGAGCUGCAGGCCUGGCUGGGAGCUGCUGAGACCCAGCUGGAGGAGCAUCGCAGCAGAAUCAACCAACCCUCCUCCACCAACACUGAUCUGCGUCAGCUCCUGAAAUACAGCAAGGAGUGUCAGGCAGAGAUGUCGGCCCAUCAGGUCACACUGGACUACGUGAACCAGCCGUUAGAGACGUGCAGUACUGAGGAGGGCCAGAGGAGGCGCUAUGAACACAACCAGUUUUCAGAGGAGCAGGGUCGUCUCCGCCAUCAGUGGCUCAGUUUGCAGGAAACCCUCAACUGUCAGAUCCAGGAGGUGGAGCAGCAGCUCAGGAGCAGAGUGGAGCGGGAGGCCCGACUACAGCAGGUCAACAGCUGGAUCACAGAUCAGAACCUCUGGAUCGACUCAGCUCAGACACCCGGCAGCCAGACAGAGCUCCAGAGGAGCCUCAGUACCUGCCAGGAUCUUGAGGAGAAGAUCAGGCAGAAGUCUGCAGCUCUUCAGGAGAUGAGAGACAAACUUGAUGGUGGAGGAGAAAACAGAAGCUGUGAUUUCAUCUCUCAGACAAAUAAAUCCAUCCAGGCCUGUGCAGCGCUCACACAACAGAAUGAAUCAGUAAAACAGAGGCUGAUUCAGGUCCAGCAGCUGUGGGAUUGUGCGGAGAAGCGACUGAAUCAGAUGAGGAUGAAAACAGUGAGAACAUCUCAGACUCUUGAUGAUCUCAGCAGCUCUCAGCUGUCCGUGCAGGCACACAGAGAUCUCUGUGAAAAGCUGCAGCAGCUUCUUCAUGAGGAGACAGGAGCUUCAGAGGCAGAGUGGGACCAACUGAGUCAAACCAUCUGCUCCCUCAGAGACAUCAUCAGUCCUGCUGCUGCCGUCCUCCUCGCCGAGCAGCUGGACCGACAGAGAGAGAGUUGGACUGUGCUGUCCAGGGUGUUGGACCAGCUGCUCCAGAGGAGUCGGGGUGUCCUGCAGAUCUGGGAGGUCUACUCCCAGCAUGCUGCGUCUUUCUCCCAGCGGCUGCGGGCGCUGCAGAGUGACGUCAAGUCAGCGCUGAGCGAAGCACCUAGUGAUGAUAACACUGUGGAGCAGGUCGCUGUUGGGAUGCACGACGUUCAGGGUCUCCUGGAGAGGACAGCCACUUUGCAGUCAGACCUGGAGGGGGUGCUGGAGGCUGCCAAGGACUUGAUUGGCCACCUGGAACCUUCAGCUGCAAGUCUGGUCCAAUCAGAGAGCCGGAUGUUGUCACGUGGUGUCCGGCAGCUCAGCCAGACCCUGACAGGGAAGCUGUGUCAACUGCAGGAGGAGCUCGAGCGGCUGCAGGAGUUUGAAAGCGUCCUGCUGUCACUGGAGAGGAAGCUGGAGCUUUGGCAGGAGCGUCUGCAGAAUGUGGCUCUGACCGCAGACCAGUCUGGCCUCCUAGAGCUCAGUGGCCUGUCUGCUGACCUGGAUGUGCUGAAUGAGCUGAGCUGCAGCCUGACGCUGGGCGACGCUGCAGCACGCCGCCUGCAACGCCUCAACCGCUGCUGGGCCGACGCCUGUGCCAGAUCUGAGGAGGCCUGCAGUGAGCUGCAGACGGCGGCACUGAGGCGACAGAGCUUUGAGCAGAAGUGUGAGAGCUGGAUGUCGUUCCUGCAGAGGAUGGAGGACAGUCUGGCCGUAGACGUGGCCGGCUCUUACGUUGGCCUCAGACAGCAGCUCUGCACACACAAGCGCUUUCAGGCAGAGCUGUCCAUUGGUCACCAGAUCCUUCAUUCAGUCGUCACUGAAGCUCUUCAUCUGCUGCAGAAAGGCGAGGUGGAGGACAGGAGUGACUUCAUCCUGAAGCUUGCCCAGCUCAGGGAACACUGGCAGGGGGCGGUGCAGCGGGCGGACCAGCGGCGCUCCCUGGUGGAGGGGCUGGUGAAGCACUGGCACCUGUACAGCCGCAGCCUGAGGAAGCUGCAGAGAUUCCUGUCGGUCACUCAGACCCUCCUUCCCCCUGCUGGACCAGCCCACUGCAGCUUGCAACAGCUACGACGCUCCCUCCAGGACCUCCAGCACACAGAGCUGCUGUUCCAGAGGUAUCAGUGCAGUUUCAUCCACACUCUGGAAGUCGGUCGGCAGCUCUUUUCCAUGGGGGACGAGGAAACCCAGACUCGGCUGCAGACGGAUCUGGGAACCCUGCAGGAGGAGUGGGACAGCCUGCACAGCCUGCUGGGCCGGAGGAUGGAACUCACCGAGGCUAUCGUCAAGAACUGGGACCGCUGCGAGGCCGGACUAGCAGACAGCAUGCUGCAGCUGAAGGACAUGAAAACCAGACUGAAUCAGUCGAUGCCGGAGUUUGACGACGAGCUGCAGCGUGCGGAGAAAUUCACCAAGGAGAACGAGGACUCCCUGGAGGACUGGGCUGAGAGCCUGACUGAGCUGAGCACCAUGAAGGCGGAUCUGUCCCAGUACAUCAUCGCCGACGAUGUCCUGCUGCUGCAGGAGCAGGUGGAGCACCUGCACUGUCAGUGGGAGGAACUCUGCCUCAAGGUGUCUCUGCGUAAACAGGAGAUUGCAGACCGUCUGAACGCCUGGAUCAUCUUUAAUGAGAAGAACAAGGAGCUGUGUGAGUGGCUGACUCAGAUGGAGAACAAGGUGGCGCACAACUCCGACCUCAACAUCGAGGAAAUGGUGGAGAAACUCAAGAAGGACUGUAUGGAGGAGAUCAACUUGUUCAGUGAGAAUAAAACCCAUCUGAAGCAGCUCGGAGAACAACUCAUUACAGCAAGCAACAAGGCCAAAGAGACGGAGAUCAAUGACAAGCUGAAGGACGUCAACGACCGCUGGCAGCAUCUGUUUGACCACAUAGAGGCCAGGGUGAGGAAGCUGAAGGAGACGCUGGUGACGGUGCAGCAGCUUGAUAAGAACAUGAGCAACCUGCGGACGUGGCUGUCUCGCAUCGAGGCGGAGCUGGCCAAGCCGGUGGUCUACAACGUCUGCCACAGCGACGAGAUUCAGAGGAAGCUGGCUGAGCAGCAGGAUCUGCAGCGAGACAUUGAGCAGCACACGGAUAGCGUGGCGUCGGUGCUGACCCUUUGUGACGUCCUGCUCCACGAUGCAGACGCUUGCGGCAGCGACUCUGAAAAUGACUCCAUCCAGCAGACCACCCGCAGCCUGGACCGACGCUGGAGGAACAUAUGUGCCAUGUCCAUGGAGAGGAGGAUGAGGAUUGAGGAGACCUGGCGUCUGUGGUGUAAGUUCAUGGACGACUUCUCUCGCUUUGAAGACUGGCUGAAGACCGCUGAGCUCACUGCAGCGAACCCAGACUCUGCCGACGUCCUCUACACCAGCGCCAAAGAGGAGCUCAAGAAGUUCGAGGCGUUCCAGCGGCAGGUUCACGAGCGUCUGACUCAGCUGGAGCUGGUCAACAAACAGUAUCGCCGUCUGGCCCGGGAGAACCGAACCGACGCCGCCAGCAAGCUCAAAGUCAUGGUCCAAGAGGGCAACCGGAGGUGGGACAGCCUGCAGAAGAGGGUGGCUGCUGUUCUCCGCAGACUCAAGCACUUUACCUCUCAGAGGGAAGACUUUGAGGGAACCCGUGAGGGGAUCCUGGUCUGGCUGACAGAGAUGGACCUCCAGCUCACCAACGUGGAGCACUUCUCCGUGAGCGACAUCGAAGACAAGAUGAGGCAGCUGAACGGCUUCCAGCAGGAAAUCACCCUGAACACCAACAAGAUCGACGCCCUGAUCGUGUUUGGGGAGAACCUGAUCCAGAAGAGCGCCCCUUUGGACGCUGUGUUGAUAGAGGACGAGCUGGAGGAGCUGCACUCCUACUGCCAAGAGGUGUUCGGCAGAGUGGCUCGCUUCCACCACCGCCUCAUCAACAGGCGACCGGCUCUGGAGGAGGAGAGGGAACUGUCAGACCGGGACACAGACCUGGACGACUCCCCUGAUCUGACCAACGGGACAUCCUGGAGGGAGGCGAGGAAGGAGGAGGAGGAGGAGGUUCAGUCAGCAGGUGGAGUCUCAGCUGGACGGCAGACCAUGUGUCACCUCCUAGCGCCCCCUCUGGAGCGGUCGGGACGAGAAACCCCCGUCAGCGUGGACUCCAUCCCGCUGGAGUGGGACCACACCGUCGACGUGGGGGGAUCGUCAUCACACGAGGACGACGAGGACGCCACCUUCUUCAGCGCUCUGUCAGAUGUGCAGGUCACAGAGAGCUCAGAGUCGUUUGUUAAAUCCACUGUCAGAGCAGUGAAAGCAGCCUCGGUGAAGUCAGUGACCGAGCCGCCCAGCUGGCACCAGCCCGGCUCCCCAGAAAGGAAACGAGUUCCUCGAGAAAUCAUCCGAGGCCUGGGCUCGUUUCCCACACACACCAGUACUCCCUUCCACCAGCAGGGCUACGCUAAGCUGAUGUCAGAGUGCAGCGGCAGCAUCAACAGCGUGAAGAGAGUCAAGCUGAUCCUGAACGAUGAGGAGGAGCUAGACGAUCCGGGUCUGACCAGCAGCACGGCCGACAAACAGACCAGCACAGGUGUGAUCGAGCGCUGGGAGCUGCUGCAAGUACAGAAGUUCAGCAACGAGACCGACAUCAAGCAGAACCUGGAGCAGUGGCAGAAGCUGAACUCUGACCUCUGUGAUGUCACUUCCUGGCUGGGCAGGGUGCUGCCAGAGCUGGAGAGGCUGCAACGGAUCGCACCGUCCACCAGCAUCCGAGACAUCGAAGUCAACAUCAGAAAACUAAAGGAGACACAGAAGACCUUCAAUAGCUUCAAGUGUCUCAUGAUCUCCGUGAACCUGAGCAGCCGCCACUUCCUGCGGGGCGACAGCCCGGAGCUGCAGGAGCUGCAAGAGGCUGUCAGCUCAGCCAAUGACAGCUGGACGCAGGCCUGCAGCGGCCUGGAGAGCUGGGAGAGGAGGCUGCACUCUGCCCUCAUGCAGUGUCAGGAGUUUCAUGAGACUCUGCACUCCCUGCUGUUGUGGCUCGCUCAGGCUGAGAACAAACUCUGCGCCGUGAAUGUCAGCGACCCGUCUGCGUCACGCUCCACCCUGCUGGCACGCCGAGACACGCUGACGGCUCUGCAGGAGGAGCUGCGUGGCCGCCAGCGCCAGGUCUCCUCGCUGCAGGAGAUCUCCUCUCAGCUCCUCCUAGAGACCACCAGAGAAGACAGCGUGGAGGCAAAGGAGAAGGUCCACGUCAUCUGCAACAAACUGCGUCUCCUGCUGCGCCAGGUGGCGGCUGAGCUGCGUGCGCUGCAGGGAAGACUGGAAACCUGCUCAACAAGUGCUGAAAUGGACCGUAUCGGUCUGCUGCACAAGCAGGAGGCCGGUCUACAGGCAGCUACAGUUGGACGAGCAGAGACUAGAAGGGAGGGGAGGAGGGAGUCUUCCCCACAGCGACCCCUCUUCUACCGGGUUCUACGAGCUGCCUUCCCUCUACACCUUCUGUUCUUCGUGCUGCUGGUUCUGGCCUGCCUGGUGCCUCUGUCCGAGGAGGACUACAGCUGUACACUGUCCAACAACUUCGCCCGUUCCUUCUACCCCAUGCUGCGGUACACCAACGGCCCUCCGCCCACAUGAAAACUGCCAUAACGCCCAGCUGUGGAGUUAGUUUGAAGACUGAAAGACUCGAUCAUAUGGAGGUCUAAAUCCAAAAUGGACCCCUUAACAGUGUUAAGGUACAAGACACCUUCUCCCUUCCACAAAAAAAAAAAAAGCACCGCCCUUCAUAUCCGAAGGUUUCAUCUUAUGUGUUUGACUAAAUUUUAUUGGUGUAUUUAAAAAUGUUUUUAUUUGUGAAGGUCCACAGUCAAAAACAGAAGCCAUAUCACUGGUUUUAAAGUCAUCUUUUAUAUGUAGCUUUACCAUCUAACGUCCCACUGAACAGCUUCAAUAUAAGAAAAAACAGGUGUCAAGAGUUAUUUUAAUAUCUACAGUAUAUUUGCAAUUUUUGUACUUUCACUAUAGUCCGUUGGAUCUAAUUUGAAGGACAGUUAUUACCAAAGCAUCCAGAAGGAGGACUACGCCAGCCAUUUUCUACCACAGCAGCUAUUUUUACUGUUUUCCUAGAAAGCAGCCACUUGUUGAUAGCAGAUUUUGUACAGAAGAAAAAGGGUGCGUUGUUUUUGUUUGAUUUAGAGGUAUUAAGAUGCAACUUUUUUUAAAUGACUCAUCUGCAGACAUGCCUUUCUGUAGCCGAUAGAACUUCCAUACUUUACAGAUGAUGUACUUGAUGCAUUUUGUAUAUAAGGGCAAUCUACUGAGAAAGAAGUAGGUAAAUUAUUGUUUCUGUGUAAGAGUGUGGCACUGCAACCUAUCAAAGUCAUUUAACAUGGGCAGUAGUUUUAAGUUAUUUUAUAUGAUAUUGAUGGAUUUUAAAGUCAUACUGGCUUGUGUAGAAUUUUGGCCCUCCCUUUAUAUGAGAGCAGAUAUAAUAAAAUGAUAUUUUCCUACGAUUAUGUAAGCUUUACGGACAGUGUUUUUGGAGGUCAGUUUUGAAUAUUUCAGCAGGUUACUCAACCUAGAAGUUUUGCAACAACAAAAAAAAAAAAGGCAAAGAUCCUCAAAUUAAAGCUGCAUUAAGCAAUUCUUGACCACUAGGGGGCAGAAAGAGUCUAAAUGCACUGACUUAAACACAUCCUUGAUACAACAAAAGCUGCACUUGAUUUGCUAACAGAAUAAAAACUACCCGCGUCCUCCUGCAGACACAGCAACAUUAUCAUCCCACAGGAGAUGUGCACUCCUGAGAAAUAUCUGUCUCGGUUUCUUCAGUGGCUGCUAGCUAAUUCAGACGUCUGCGUUUUGUUGUUGGACAGGUACCUACACAUCGGUUACUGUUAGCUAGAAGAGGCUAGGUUAAUAUUAAUGCAGCAAUACAGGUCUGGCAGGGAAUGUUGUGUCGAGAUUAACAGGAAGCUUUUGUAGAUUAUUACAUGACAUUGUCAUUUAGACAUUUAUCGAAGAACACACGGCUACAUUAUCUUAUGUCAAAACUAUACCCAUUUAAGAAUAAUUGUCAUUCACAACUUACCCAAUGCUGCCCGAAUUGGUCCCAUGGAGUAAAGCCCUGCAGGCAUCAAACAGGUAAAAUUAUUUUAAGGAUUUAAAAAUAUACGGUUGUCGUUUAUACUGUAAUGUACGUGUGGGAUUUACCUGAAAGCUGCUUUGAGACACUCUUCAGUGGUGCAGUUGAAGGACUGGUGUCCAAAUCUUAACAAGCCAGACUUUGAGUAGAACAUGAAUGUAAGUGAUUCUUUGGGCAUUGAAUGUAGCUGUGUACAUGCACAAUCAAAGAUCAUUAAAUGUACGUAAUUUACAUCAUUAAAUAUUGAAUUUAAAUGUUAAAGCGAGUGAUUUGAAACUCAGUGUUCUAAUUUGUACAUAAUGUCAGCCUCACACUCUGCUCAGAAGGCCAGCAGAACAAAAAACAAAACGACAAAAUGUGUGUAAACUUUGAUUUAUUUUGUGAACUCUUAUUUAUGGGAUGUAUAGAUUGUCAUUUUUGUUUGACAAUAAAAACGGUGUUUGCCAUGAUUUGAA